AUGCGCAGUGUCUCUCCUCCUGUGGCGUAAGCAAGAAACAAGGUAAGCAAAGCAGACUGGCUGAUAACUCUAACAUUUUCACAACGGAUGGAGCCAGACGAAUUAAACUAUUUUGCGAAGAGCGGCUGUCUUAGGUUAAGAAGAACAGCUGUAGCCGUUUGCAGUCUUCGUAGUUAAUCAGUAACUUCUUAAGAGGUGGGACGAUGAUUGGGUGUGGGUCGUGUUAGCAUGCUAACACGCUAACGAUGACAGAAAACAUGCACGAGGUGGAAGCCCUGAGCUAGCUUGUUGGUUUAAGCUAAAGUGAGCGAGGUUACGGUUUCAAGUCUGCCCCAUACAACUGAAGGACUCCAUUAAUAGUUGCCAUACGUACACCGCGCUUGACAUGAAAGAUGUUUUAACCGCGGUAAUUACCGACGCACUCGACUGAGGGGCUUCAUUUAACACGGUCACCCGUUUGACCGGAACACCGGUAAACGCUCAUCUGGCCCAGCUGCCACGUAAGACAGCCAGCUAGCUAGCUUUCUAACCGAAGCUGCUUUCAUGCUGUUGGAUAACUUAAUAAGACAGCCAGACACUUGGUUAGUUAAUUUGUUAAUUCCUCUAGAGCAGAGUAUUUAAAACAGCCCGGAAACGGCGACCAGAUACCAUCCUGUGAGAGUAAUUUUACUUAAGUUGACGAGCUGCUAAUGGGAGCUUUUUGUGUGGUGCUAGCAUUAGCUUUGAAGGAAACAUUUGUCAGGUAAUGAGUGGAGGAGCACUUGUGGUCGCCCUCCUUCUCUCAGAUUUAAGGUUAUUGAUUUUGAAGCUUUCACAGCCUCACCACUGCGUUGUUUUAAAAUCAGCCUUAUCAUGAGCAGGUCGGCUCAGCUUCUCUAGAACACGGUGUCCAGGUGUUUUAUGUUCAUGACAGCUGUUUGGAAGUAGAGAGUUUGAACUUUAGAUCUACUACUCCAUGCCCAUUUCAUAUUUACAGUAUGAAAAAUCACUACAUAACAUUCAACCUGUGAUUCAAGUUGUUCUUCUGUUGUUUUAAGCUCCUUUUUCUCAUGGUCCUACAGAACAGCCAGUAGCCCAUCAUCAUCAUCAUCAUGGCAGAUGAGGAUUUCAGCACUGCGGACUCUGGGGCCUCCAGCACAUUCCCCAUGCAAUGCUCUGCCCUGAGGAAGAACGGCUUUGUCAUGCUGAAAGGACGUCCCUGUAAGAUCGUUGAAAUGUCUACCUCCAAGACCGGCAAGCAUGGACAUGCUAAGGUAAAACUUCCACGUGCACUCUUCUCUGCCUAAUGAAUGACUUAGAGGAAAAAGCGCUUCCUGUUUAGCUCUUUGAAGUUGCCUAAAAUCUCUUGUGCUUUGUCAGGUUCACCUUGUUGGAAUUGACAUCUUUACUCAGAAGAAGUUAGAAGAUAUCUGCCCUUCUACCCAUAACAUGGAUGUCCCAAAUGUCACAAGGAAAGACUAUCAGGUGAGGCGUCGAAACCACAAGGCAUGUGUUGCAUCUGUUAUACAACUGAGUUAGUCCUAAUUAUUUUUCAAGGUAAAAUAAAGAGUUAAUGACGUACAUAAGACAACGAGAGAAAACAUUUCCCAUCAUUUCCUGGAUUUUAUUUAACCUAGUUCUACUGAUAAAGUUUGUUACUUCGUGGGUGUGCCCAAUGAGUCAGAGCUGAGCUGUGUCUGCGGUAGUUGUGGAAGGGGCAUACAGGUUUGAAACUGGUUGGGCAGGUACUGGAAUCGGCCAACAAACAGUUACGUCUUCCCUGAUCCGAGGCUUCUCUCAGGGUGACAAAACUCAUGAGAGGAGGAGGAGACAAUAGUUCAGCUCAAAUGACCCAGAAAUUUAACCUACAAACAUACACUAAAUAAGUCUCUGGGUUUGAUUUAUUUUAAUGUGGGAAACAUGAAAAUAAAUAUCUAGACUCUCUUUUAGUCUACUCAGAAUCAGCAGAAUCAGAAUCGCCUUUAUUGUCAUUGUACAACAAAGUACAGUGAAAUUUGAGCGCCAUUCCCUUUGGUGCAUAGCAAAAGUAAUAAAUAAAUACUCAAAUGAAAGCCAUUUAAAACACAAAGAUAAGGUAAGAAUAAGAAGAAAGAAAAGUAAAAAGGCAGUAAUAUAUGUAUAUGUACAUUAUAAAAUAUAAACUAACAGGAAUGAAUGAUAUGAAACCCGAUAACUGCACAAGAGAAGCCCAGUGUUAUUGCACAGAUAAUGAUACAUUUAUUGCACUAUGAUCAAUGUGAUCAGUAAUAUGUUACUCUUUAGUAUUUUACUCCACUUUAGUCCUAGAAUUAUCUUAUAUUUUAACAUUAUUUGUUUAUUUUCUUUUAUUGUUUGAUUUUAAAACAGUUUUAUUAUAAUAUUUUUAUAUUAUUAUCAUUAUUUUAUUUCAUUUUAUUUUUUAGAUCUUGUCACGGUUUUAACAGUUUAGCUUCAGCUCCUGUGUUUCUCCAUUUUAGUUUCGGAUAGCGUUUCCUUGGUCAUCUGUGGCUUCCUGUUGAGCCCUGACUUGGUGUCCCGAUGGUUGUGAGAGUGUGUGUGGGCGGAUUGGUGGGUGGUGGUACUCUAUUAAAUGCGGGCUUGGUGGGUGGCUGGGGUUUUUGCAGUUUGUAUUUUAUUUUGUAUCCCCUGAUCCUCUCCUUCUUGUGUACAGCACUUUGUGAUACAAGUUUAUGUAUGAAUAGGGCUUUAUAAAUAAAGUGAUUGAUUGAUUAAAACAGAUUUUGAAUUCAGUUAAAUGGUAUUCUCCCUCUGAUCUCUGGCACAUGUAGGUAUGCGAUGUUUCAGAUGGUUACUUGACCCUGAUGGAGGAUAAUGGAGAAACCAGAGAGGACCUUAAGGUGCCGGACAACGACCUGGGCAAAGACAUUGAGAAGAAAUUCGAAAAUGGAGACCAGUUCAUGGUAAGUGUCUUUUAAUCAAAGAGUGAUCCUGCAUUUAUUCCUUUCUGGAAUAAAUGCAGGAUUGUAUCGUACAUUGUCUUUUUAGUCUAAACUGAUUUUAUUUUAAACAUCCACACUGCACUUGCGUUACAUUCUUAAACCUACCGGGUCUCAUUCAAGAAGCAAUUGUAAACUUAUGAACAGAUUUACUCCUAAACAUCCUAGGUUCUAAAAAGCUACGCCAGAUUCAUGAACAUGACAGAAAACCCAGAUUUGAUUCUAGACAUUUGUCAAUCGUGAGUAUAAAUACAUGCACAGGAGUCAGCACAUGCCGUCUGCGCUGAUGUGAAGAGUAUCGCAACCAUGCACCCCACCAGCCCAAGUAUAAAACCAUCCAUUUCUCAAUUUAAAGAUAGGCUGAAGCUCAGAUCUGCUUAUUGUCAAACUAAAUGGCCAAAUUUGUUGGGUUUUUUUGGUCAUUUUUAAAUCACACAUUUCUAUAGUAUCUGUCUAUUGUGAAGAGAACCGAUCACAAUAAGAAUUAAAAUAAUGAUUUUUGACAAUAACAAGCUAUAUGUUUUUGUAUCCUAAGAGUGGUCAGAGGCAGGUGUAGAGUUUGUUGGUAGCUAGUUAGUCACCUUUCAGCUUCCUCUGUGAACAGCUCAUGUUUCAUGACUGAGACCUGUUAGUAUUAUUGUACCAGGUGCUGGGAGUCCAGAAUUACAGCAGCAUAAGUACAUAUGCAAAAAGAGAAAUUAAAGGAUAAAGAAACUUCAAGAUGUACAUGAGUUUUAUUUACAUGUGUACAGAAUAUACAUAUAUUAUGAUAUUUUGCACACUGAGUUUCUGUGAUACCUCUCCGUCACACACUUUGAGUGGAGCAUCCUUUCCCUUAGGGAGCUCCUAAGUGCAGUAAGUGUGUUGGAGGGGGAGAGAGUCUCUGUGAUCCUCCUCUCCCCAACCCUCCAAGUUCCAGAGGGUAUCCCAGGACAGAGCUGGCCUUCUUUAUGAGUUUGUUCCGCCUCUUCCUGUCAGCAGACCACUCCAUCUUAUAGCUAACUCAGCUGUUAAAGAAGCAGAUGAAAUAGGAACCAAUCGGUGUCUUUUUUUAAAUUUUUAUUUGAAAUAAGGCAUGUUGAUUAGGCUGCACAUUUAAUGAAAGAUAACUUGGAAGAAGAAGAGGUGUGUCAUAGGGACAUUUAAACGACCAUUUUGAAACCAAAUAUGCAAAUACAUGAAAAUUAAUGAAUAGAAAAUAGCCCAAAUUGAGCACAUGUCGAUCUAUUUGGCCAGAUAUCAUCUGAAAUAAAUAUAAAGAGUACAUGAAAGCCAUACUUAUAAUAUUAAAAUAUGUUACAGAAUCUUAUUUUAGCGCUGGAGAAUGACAUAAAGUACGUGAAAGAUCAAAGCAGUUAAACUCCGCUGCGCUCAAGCCAAGCAGCCACUUGUGUGCCAUCUUUAUCUAAAUCAAAAUACUCCCAAACUUUGCUCUUUUUUUCUCACCGACAUUGCUCUGGCUGAUCGCAUGUGUUGAUUCACUCUGAGGAAGUUAACCCACGAUGCCGUGCAUGCUGCAGGACAGCGAUGCGAGUCCAGAGCAGCGAGCCAGGCAGAAAGAGUCGCACGCAAAUGAUCCAGCUUUUUUAAUGCACACUUUUAUUAAGACAUGACGGUAAAACAUAAUUAAAAAAAAAAAAGCUUUCCCAUCUUAUCAUUAUUUUUAAUAGAAUAAACAAAUAUUAUUUACUAAACGGAUAGUAAGGACAGCCCCGUUUACACUAAUAUCAGAAUAACCGCUCACAUCCCUAAUGUGUGAUAGUAAAACAGAGGAAGAGAGUGAACAGCGAGUGGAGCUGCUGCUGCUUGUCAGGAAAGGAGUGGUACUGGUUUGAAAUCAACGAGUGAGCUAUUCAAUUUCAGGUGUGGUCAAUACUCUUUCCUCUUCUCUUUCCAGGUGUCCGUGUUGAAAGCGUUAGACGACGAGGAUGUAGUGGCCAUCAAGGCAAUGACUUCCUAAUAAGUCCAGGACAGCGUUGGAGACCUCGCACUCCAAUGAUCCGUUGCGGCUUUGAAGCCUCACCAAAGCCAAUGGCCUUCACCCCACAUCUCCCCCCCCAGUUUCCCCGCUGGUCAACUGAAAUCUGGAAACUGGACUGGGUCUGCUCUCCAACUGUACCUCAGGCUCAGGGCCGGCUGGCAUCCUCUACAAUCAGUGACAUUAAUCCAACCUUUAGCCGUCAGAGCUUUACUUUGCAAAGAUUUUCUGAAAUAAUUCCAGGAAUUUCUCAAACCUAUUCCAGCAAUUCAUAACAUUCUUCUAAGACGAUGGAUAAUGUGUUUUUUUUUCUUCUUCUCUGUGUCCAAUAAUUCCUAAAAUCAUUCCCAUUGUUUAUUUUCUGAAUGGACUGAGCUUUUGAUUUUGAGUUGGCUGUAAGCUUUUUUACAGCUUGUUUACAGCUGAGAUGCUGAGCGACUCUCUCCAUCGAAAUUCUCCCCUCAAAUGUUUAACCUCUGCUGGCUGAUUCCGAAACCUCGAGCAAGCUUUGGCACUUCUAAUUAUAAGAGAAACGUAACUUUUGAUGACUGAAAUAUGCAUUUCUGCUUCUGACAACUCAAACAUAUGCAUCCACAAGCACACUUGAAAUUGACAAUUGACUAGUCCGCUAUCGCCUUAGCCCUUAAAUUCACAUUAUUUUCGGACUCCCUGAUCUCACAGUGAUUUUUAUCGCAACUAGCCGGCUCAGUUAGAGAUUUUCUUUCGUAGCAGGGAGCUCUGCUGUCUCAGCCGCUCUGAGGACUUUAAACAGGCCCGGGCAGGGGUGGUUGGGUGGGGCCAUUUCCUCCUCUAUGCUAUCAAACUUUUUCUUUCACCUGAGGCCUUUAUGAGCUGAAUAAUGUAUAGCAAAUGAUUUUGAAAGAACAAAAAAAAAAAAAAAACAUUAUUAUAGUCUUAAAAAGUUUUAUCUUUGAAGCUUAAUUUCAUUAGGUAAGCUUUGAAAAAUACUUCAUCACUAUGCUGAACACAAUGAAGAUUUCUUAGCAUGCAAUAGUGGGAACAGUCUGACAUGAUGUUGCCACACAGGUGGUAGUUAACUGUGGGUUAUCCAGGUGUUGUGAGCGGAGACAGAGAACCAAAUCCCAUAAACGAGUGCUGGGCUGUACUCUGGGUUGUGGCUUCGGGGGGAGGGGAGAGGGAGGGUCGUCUUUAAAAGCAACUUAGGGGGGUGGUAGGUCUGCAGUUUCUUUUCGGGGGUUUGUGCAGUUUGCACUCUUAAUUGGAUGAUGGCUCACAGUGAUUGUUACUAAAUUAUACCGAGUGGUUGUAGUUUUCAGUAUUUUCAUGCAUACUAGAAUAAUAACUGAGACAUCGGGUGUUGCAGGAAAUCAGGAUGCGUUCACAUGCACUGCGUCAAGGUGGUUGCUGUAGAUUUACAUUAACAUGCAGGUAGUCAGUUCCUCCCCUACCUCCAACCAUUUAAUUAAAACUGUAAACUUAGUGUAUUAGCAAUAUAUUUGCAGCGCUGCAGCUUGAGUUCUUUCAUUUUCACUCUCGUUUUUUCUGCAUUUGGACUGAAGGUUUAGAAAGGAGGACCGGCUCUCGAGAAGAAGCCAAAUAACGUUACUGUCCAGCUGUGCGUUUUCUGAUUUCAUCUCUUCUUGGGUUUUUAGCUUAAAGGGUCGUCUUCUUUUUUUUAUUCCUCUUGUGUUUUAUGAUCUCUCCUUCUGCAAAGCUGUCAUAGCAAUACUCCUACUAUUGUAUGUUUUGUUCACGAGUGUGUGCUCGAGCUAUACAUGGUCAGGAAAGGGAUGGCGGGAUUCCUGCUGAUACUCCUCGCAGGAAUCCCCUCAACCCUCUCCUCGGGGUGAAGGUGGGGUUUUUGCGUGACAUUUGUGAUGUUGGAUUAUUGCGAAAGUUGGCGGUAACCUGAUUGCUUAAUUUGUGUCCACACACUGCUCGUCGUUUCGUCAUAGGAAGGUUUUCUGUCUAGCUUUCGAGUUGUGCUUUGUGCAUCAGCAGCCGGCCUGUUAUUUUUGUUCUGACUUCAGUCCACUGAAAGUAUUUUUUACUUCCAUCAAGACACCAAAGUAUUCCACUGAAUGUCAUAUUGUGUAUUAAGUGCUACAUUUCCUUUGUUUCACAUCAUUCCACUCUGUUGAAAUGUGUUUUCCUGCAUAAUACCAUGCCAGGAGCAAUGGCAUUAUAACUGAGGCUAGCAACUCUGUUUCUUUUCCUUCUUGAUAUUUCAGACUUUAUUGUAACUUCUCUAAAUUAAAAGGAAAUGCCAUUCUGAGUGUUUAUAUUAAAGGUAGAACAGAGAAGCAUCGUACCAGCAAACCUAAAAAGCAGCAGUGUAGUCGAUCAUAACUCUGCUUUGACUCAAAGCCAUGCAGGCCAAUCAGAUGAGUCGGCGUUCUUUGGCUAAUCGGAGCACAUGGUGUUAAUUUGAAGUCCCCGCUUGUCUUCAGGAGUCCAUUUCUUCUCGCACAGUUUCAGUCCACAGCAUCCUCACCUGUUUUUAAGAAAUGCUGCUCAGAGUUGAACUCGUUUGACCAGCAGCCCCCGCAGCAUUGAGCUCUGUCCCUGUCGUUUGAAUGCAAACAUACCACUAUUUUUAAGUCAAAGGUUCCUAAUCUUGAACUCUCUUCACUCACUCUGUUUAGAGGCCCGAGGAUGAGUCUUCCUUAAGCCAUAUCUGCGACUUGUUUGUGUAUCUCUGACCUGGUCAGAUGCAGGAGUAUUACCCUUUAGUUCUGUGCUCCUCCUUAAAUGAAGCACCGAUCGAUGACAUCUUUCUAGCUUCUCUUAAAAACAACAUAAAACGAGCUUUGAUUUUGCUAAAUAAUGUUUACACUCGCAAUGAGUUGGCCCUGUCCUUAAUGGAUUCAAUGUAGACUCACAAAAACAAUCUCAGGGCUCCCGGGAAAGUGUUCGGAGAUGAGUUACUUCAACAGACUCAAGAGUGAAGACUGUAAAAUGAGAUUAAAACUUCUUAUUUUUGGCUUUUUUUAAAAAGAAUUAUUUCCAAUCAUCUUCUCUUGCGCCUCGAUUUUGCUUCACAGUCCCUCUUGCUGUCUGCUAUUCCAUUUCCUUGCUAGAAACGGUGGUUUUAUUUGUAUGUUUAGACCAUCUGUUGAGUGUAUGGUGUUCAAACGGGGAUGUGGUGUAUCGCUCAGUCUGUAUACUUUGUUUCUGGUGUUUGCUGGAGAUGGGGUUCUUUCUUUUGUCAUCUGAUUGACUGUUUCUAAAGGAAAACUUACCUGAAACAUAGAGAUACCAUACACGGCUUCUGUCUUCUCUAUUCUAAUUAAAGUAUGGCUGCUGCCUUAAAAAUCACAACUGUCUAUGUUUUGUCAGCAAAAUAAAGUUCAUUGAGAUCCAACUGAA